GCGGGGCAGCGGGAGGCGGGUCCGCGCCAGGGGCGUGACCGGGCACGUGGUGCGGAACCGGCGCGGCGGCCGCUGUGGAGCCUUCAAGGUGUGCGAUCUGGUUGAAAGAUGUCUGCCCUCACUACCCUGUUUAAAUAUGUCGAUCAAAAUCAGGAUCGCUACAUUAAGAAACUCGCAGAAUGGGUAGCCAUCCAGAGUGUAUCUGCAUGGCCCGAGAAGAGAGGCGAAAUCAGGAAGAUGCUGGAAGUUGCUGCCGCAGAUAUCAAGCAGUUGGGUGGCUCAGUGGAAUUGGUAGAUAUUGGAAAGCAGAAGCUCCCUGACGGCUCUGAGAUUCCGCUCCCUCCCAUUUUACUUGGCAAGCUGGGCUCAAACCCGCAGAAGAAAACCGUGUGUAUUUACGGACACCUGGACGUGCAGCCGGCAGCCCUGGAGGAUGGCUGGGACAGCGAGCCCUUCACCUUGGUGGAACGCGACGGCAGAUUGUAUGGGAGAGGCGCAACCGAUGAUAAGGGGCCAGUGGCCGGCUGGCUGAACGCCCUGGAAGCCUUCCAGAAGACAAAUCAGGAAAUCCCAGUCAACGUCCGGUUCUGUCUGGAAGGCAUGGAGGAGUCGGGCUCCGAAGGCUUGGAUGACCUGAUUUUUUCCCGGAAAGACACGUUCUUCAAAGACGUGGACUACGUCUGCAUUUCUGACAACUACUGGCUGGGGAAGAAGAAGCCCUGCAUCACCUACGGGCUCAGGGGCAUUUGCUACUUUUUCAUCGAGGUGGAGUGCAGUGACAAAGACCUGCAUUCAGGCGUGUACGGGGGCUCGGUGCAUGAGGCCAUGACAGAUCUCAUCACAUUGAUGGGCUGUCUGGUGGACAAGAAAGGAAAGAUCCUUAUCCCUGGCAUCAACGAGGCAGUGGCCCCCGUGACGGAGGAGGAGCUGGAGCUCUACGACCAGAUCGACUUUGACCUGGAGGAGUACGCCAGGGACGUGGGGACGGAGACUCUGCUGCACAGCUGCAAGAAAGACAUCCUGAUGCACCGAUGGAGGUACCCGUCCCUCUCCCUUCAUGGGAUCGAAGGCGCCUUUUCUGGGUCAGGGGCCAAGACCGUGAUUCCUAGGAAAGUGGUUGGCAAGUUCUCCAUCAGGCUCGUGCCCAACAUGACUCCAGAAGUCGUCAGCGAGCAGGUCACGGGCUACCUGACGAAGAAGUUUGCCGACCUGCAUAGCCCCAACAAGUGCAAGGUGUACAUGGGCCAUGGUGGGAAGCCCUGGGUGUCUGACUUCAACCACCCUCAUUACAUGGCUGGGAGAAGAGCCUUGAAAACAGUGUUUGGUGUCGAGCCCGACCUGACCAGGGAAGGUGGCAGCAUUCCUGUGACUUUGACCUUUCAGGAGGCUACGGGGAAGAACGUCAUGCUGCUGCCUGUGGGCUCCGCGGACGACGGCGCCCACUCCCAGAAUGAGAAGCUCAACAGGCUGAACUACAUAGAAGGAACCAAAAUGCUGGCUGCCUACCUGUACGAGGUGUCCCAGCUGUAGGCGUGAGGAGCGCCGCCCUGCCCC